CUAGCCUAUUCGAGAGAGAGAGAGAGCCUAUCGAAUUUUCACCUUCCCAAGCGUUGUCGAUCGCGCCGCUUGUCAGUCGGUUUGUACCUCAUUGAGUGUUGAUAGGUUAGUGCCUGAAUUUUGUGUUCAUAAGAUGGGUUUCUUUGUCAAUUGAUGCCAUUGAUGAAAUAUCACUGGUUUUAGUGAGAAAGGGAUAAGAUGGGUAAUAAUGGAGCCGAGUGUAUAAAAGUUUCUGGGAAUGAUGAGGCUGAAUGUCCAGAGACCACUGUUGAGAUUAAGAUAAAGACAUUGGACUCUCAAACAUACUCAUUGCGAGUAGAUAAAUGUGUUCCUGUUCCUGCACUAAAGGAGCAAAUUGCUACAGUUACUGGUGUCUUGUCAGAACAGCAGCGGCUUAUAUGCCGUGGAAAAGUUUUGAAAGAUGAUCAACUUCUUUCAGCUUAUCACGUGGAAGAUGGACACACUCUGCAUCUGGUUGUGAGGCAACCAUCAUCAGAAAGCAAUCCUGAUCCUCAAGGAACCUCUACUUCAUCAGGUUUAGGGAAUGCCCAAGGCAGUCCAUCGGGUCCUGGUCUAUUUGUGGGUACUUUAAAUCUUUCUGAACAUGGUGAUGGUGCUUUCCCUGAUAUGAGUCGGAUUGUCUCAGCUGUACUUGGUUCCAUUGGAAUUGCAAGUCUUGGGAGUGGAAGUGAGGGGAUUGAUCUCAAUGGUCUUGGUAAUCUGAGAAAUUCUCUAAGACAGCAGAAUGAGCAAGGUGGUUUAAGGGAUCAAUCUAGUUCCAGUUCUGAUGCUUCUGCUCGUCAGGCAGAUGUUCCGCUGGAUUCCAUGCAACUUCCGGUUAUUACAGACGCUUUGACAACUUUGUCCCAGUACUUGACCCAUUUGAGGGAGACAAGUGUUGGAGGGCAGAGUGGAAUUUCACUAGCUUCUGGCGCUAAUGGAAGCAACAGACAAGAUUCUGAUGCUUCUUCGUAUUCAACUGGGCAGGGAGGCCUUCCAACACCAGAAUCGUUGGCAGAGGUGUUGCAAUCCACUAGAAGAUUAAUUGUUGAGCAAGCUGCAGAAUGCUUGUUGCAACUGUCAAGACAACUGGAGAAUCAAGGAAAUGUGACAGAUACAGUAGAGAGAAUGAGGAUUCAAAGACUUGCUUUAAGCUCCGGAGCUUUUUUUCAACAUAUAGGUGCUUUAUUACUCGAGCUUGGUCGGACCACAAUGACAUUACAAAUGGGUCAAACACCAGAUAAUGCUGUGGUGAAUGCGGGACCUGCUGUUUUUGUUUCUGCAACUGGGACCAAUCCGAUAAUGGUUCAGCCACAACCUUUUCAAGCAGGCACUGGAAUUGGCGCAAUUCCCCUUGGAUCUGUACAUGGCUCUGGAAUUUCUGGGGGCUCUGUCGGUUCUGGUUUCAUUCCUAGAAAUAUUGACAUCAGAAUACGAACAGAACGCACUGUUGCCACAAUGCCACUAGGUGCAUAUAUGCCAAGCAUUGUUAACAGAAGAGAUCCAACUGGUCCCCAGACUCUGGGGCAAGCUGCGCCGCCUGGGGCUCCUAAUGUUGAAAAUUCGACUCAAGGCACUGAAGGUAAUAGAAGCUCUACCACCAGGGGGGUGGAGGUGAGGGUACUUCCUAUUAGGACUUUGGUUGCCGCAGUUCCUGCUUCUGUUGGACGUGCAGCAGCUUCUGAUUCGGCUCGAGGUUCUAUGGGGAUAUUCAGUCCAGUUUUAGGUAGAGUUCAGCAUCUCAGUUCUGAAAAUGCUAAUAAUUCAAGUGCUGCUUCACAAGGAUCUCAUCAAAACCAUCCCCACAAUGUUGAGAUUGGACAACAGUCAAUCCCUGAUGCUGCAGGACAGAGAAACGUUAGACUAUUUGGAGUUAACGUCAAUCGUAGCUCAACUGGUGAAAUGUCGAGUAGAGUUGAGCACUUUUUGAGAGCGUUAUUCCCCGGUGAGCAGCUUCAAGUUGAGAAUGUCAGUGUCCAUGGCAUGAAUACACAUUCCGCUGCUGGUGAGAGCGUUGCAACCCAAAAUACUGCUGCUUCUCAAGAGACGGGAGCAAUAGAAGAUGGAGUGUUUUUAUCCAAUAUACUACGUCACAUCUUGCCCAUUGUAUCUGAAACCACAGAAACGGUGCCUAAUAUCCCACCCACUGAACAAGUAGAUGUUGCUGAGGAUAGAAGUACACAAGCUUCAACACAGGCUCAAGAUAAUGUAGAGCAAGCAACCUCCUCUCGGCGUCGACGUGACCCUCGAUUGCAACCAAGCUCAAAACGUCAAAAGCGGGAGUGAUUUCAAGAGUUGCUGAGGUGGACCGAUUGCAGCUGGAUAAUAUGCUUAUGGAUAUGAUAUUUUGAUUUGUAUUAUAGAACUGAAAACUCUGCUUUGGCUGCAAGGGUUUCUGGGACUCUUUGCGCGAAUCUGAGGAACAUUUUUCUUCUGAGUAUUCAAUAAGAUUUUCUGUAUUCUGAACCAUAUGAUACUUCUAUGAUUUGAAUGUGAAGGGUUACCAAAUGGUAUUUUGAGCUUUUUUUGUUA